GUUACAAUUGAUGAUGGUGAAGACACCUAUCACCGAUGCUGAUAGCAUACGAGCGUUGGCGUGUCGUGCGUUAGCUGGCUUAGCACGUAGCGAGAAAGUUAGGCAAAUUAUUAGCAAGUUACCAAUGUUCACGGACGGACAGAUCCAGUCUCUCAUGAAAGAUCCUAUUUUGCAAGAGAAACGUCAGGAACAUGUCACUUUUCAGAAGUACGCUCUUGAGUUAAUGGAAAGAGUGUCUGGUAAAGCGAAACCAACAGGUGCGGAAUACGAGAUCUCUUUAGUUAGUUUACACAGGGCCAACGUUGUAGCGCAAACGAGGAUACAAUAUAAUGAACAGCAACUUAAUCAAUUAAUAUACCAACAUCUUAUAUCAAGAGGUUUAAAUGAGACGGCUAAUACAUUACACAGGGAAGCAACCUUGGAAUCGUCCGCGAUUGUAAGAGCUGCAGCGACAUAUCAACCUUUUACAUACCGGAAUCCUGUAAACGUAACUCCAAGAAAUAGUUUUUCUCCAGGUGCCCCUGUCAAUUUGUACAAUACAAGCAGGUGUACGCAAAGGGAAACCACUUGCAGAAACAGUACUACUCCCACAUCGUCGUCUAGAUUUAUAUCUCACACAGGCGCGUGUUCCGGUUCACCAGCCUUGAAUAAUAACAUCCGCAUGAAACUUACGGACUGUGCGAAUCAAAAUGUUGUUUCGAGUAACGUAAAUCAGCCAAUUAAGCUACAAAUUAAUCAAAAGAAAUUAACGUCGUCCGAUAGGCAACUUCUAGUCACCGCAACUAGUUCUCAAUCUACGGUACAGGUCCAGCCAACGAAUUGUAGAUCUUUACAGAAACAAAUCUCCAGAGAGCCGGGAGGUGGCGGAGGACUCGGUGUAGCUACUUGUAAUCUAUCCGUUACUCUCGAUUCUAUUAUCACGGAAUAUUUGACCAACCAGCACGCUCUUUGUAAAAAUCCUAUGGUAACGUGUCCGCAAUUCAAUCUUUUCGAGCCACACAAGUGUCCAGAUCCGUGUGCAAAGAAUUCUUUGCCGACGAAUGUAACGAUGAGAUUAGCGAGACGAGAGUUCGGAAUGGAUAGUAGGAGAUUGGACAGGAGGCAUAUUUAUAGCCGCUUCUGUCCUGUAAGAACCUUUCGGCCUAACGAAGUCGGAGGAGUAUUUACUUGUUGUCGUUUCUCGCCUUGUACACAAUACCUCAUUUUGGGCACCCAUGCUGGAGACAUCAAAAUGUUCAAUGUCCAUACAGGAAUGGAAGAGGCAACCUAUCAGUGUCACGAAUCAUACGUCUAUCAUAUGGAAUGUAAUCAGCGUGGUAAUCUCCUGUUGACCUCCACCGCUUCCAUGUCGGUGCUCUGGGAUAUAGGAGCAUUCUUCGAGAUGAAACUACCUCUAGAGAAUGAGGAUUACGUCGAGUUUGGAAAGUUACAGGAUAGGAUAAUCGGCACGCAAGGAGAGAGCGCUACUAUAUAUGAUAUAGGAACUGGGAAAUUAUUAACAACCUUGACACCAUCAAUCUCAAAUCAAUAUACUAAAAAUCGAGCAACUUUUAGUAUGAACGACGAAUUAGUACUCAGCGAUGGGAUCUUGUGGGACGUUAACUCGGGUAAAGAAAUCCACAAAUUCGACAAGUUGAAUCAAACGUUAAACGGGGUUUUCCAUCCAAACGGAAUCGAGGUCGUGUCUAACACCGAAGUAUGGGACCUGAGGACGUUUCACUUGUUGAAAACGGUUCCCACGCUCGACGAGAUGGAAGUGAUCUUCUCGCCGGUUAACAAUAUCAUAUACGCAGUCUCGUUAGAUCAAGACAGCGAAAACGAGUCUCAUUAUGUGACUUCUUUCAAAACUCUAGAUGCUUUGGAUUACAAUAACAUUGCGACUUACGACGUAAAGAAGGGAAUUUAUGGCCUUGCGUGUAAUAAGUUUGACACUCAGAUCGCCAUAGUCGAGAAUAUGGGUGAAUUUUCGAGCAUACAGGAAUCGUGUGCCAGGUUGUACGAUGUUGGAAGGCGAAGGGACGACGAGGAUGAGGCUGACGAGGACGACGAGGAAGAGGAUCUUGACGCCAGCGAUGAUGACGGUUCUGCAUCUGACGACAAUAAUGCAGAUGAUGGUGAUAAUGCAGAGGCUGGCGCAGAGGAUAACGGCGACGAUAACGAGCAGAAUGAUAGAGAAAAUAAUGGUGAUGAUGAUGAUGACGGCGAUGAUGAUGACGGUGGUGAUGGAGAUUCUGGUGACGACACCGGUACAGAAUACGAUCCCAACGCCGAUAUUCAUGAUCUAUCGGACGAUUUUUCCCUAUCGGACAUGGACAUGGACGAUCUGGAGAUCUUGUUUUCGUGAAUUUCGUGACUGUCAUUGAUAAUUCUGUGCAUAUAUAUAUAAAUACAUAUACAUAAUAAGUAUUAAAAAAGGAAUUUUACCACUGUGCAUUAUCGCACGCUCUGAAUGUAUAUUUCCAACCAGCAAUUUGCUCGCGUCACAUAAACGAUGAACGUUGUUUCAUGUACACGCGAAAGUAAACGCGUCUAUAUUUCUUCAAUUACAGAUGAUUAAUUGUAAAUGGUUAUUAUCAGUCUUCUGUUUAAUUAUUAAAUAAAAUUGUGUUAUAUUCUUUUCAAGUGA